UUUUUGUUCAAAUGCCAUUUAUGUUUUCGUAUCGAACUGGAAGUCGAUAUCUCGAAAGAUAUUUAGUACUUUGCCGUAUUGAUAAUUUCCAUUUUAGGAAAUCGUAUUGUUACCUAUUUAGUAUGCUUUACAAGAAACCAUCAAACAAUUUUGUUACACGCAAGAAGGUUAAAGCAUUCAUCUUUUUUGAAGUUACAUGUUUUCUUGGAUCAUAUGCACUAUGGUCCUCUAUGUGUAAAUCCCAAGAUUGCAGAUAUUAUAUGUAUCAAUACUGUCCACCAAUAUUAAAUGGUUUUUACUAUCUUUAUGAAAGAGUGUCUGAAGACAAUAAUUUAAAAUUGUUGGAUCAUUCGACGUGGACAAAUAAACAAAAUGCAUCUUAAAUUGUAUGGAAUUAAAACUUCCUACAUCCUUAAUAGGUAGUGGUAGCUUAAAAUAUAUUUUUCAAAUUGAUGCUUUAAAGAAAAAGUUGUUGCCUAAAAAGUCAGCAAGUGCAAAAUUCUUAGAUAUAUCAAAACAAAAUAUUUUUUAAAAUAAAUUUAUGUUAUCAACAAAUCAUAAAUAUUUAAAGCUGAAUGAUAUACAGUACAUAAUCCUUCGCAGAAAAUAAUAUUCAUAUAGCAAUAUGGAAUCACCUACUUUAAUAGAAGGUAGUUUACCAGACCGUAUUACUAAAAGGGAUCGCGAAAGAAAAAAUAUCAUUGAAAGACGAAGAGAGGAACGGCAAUCGUUAGCUGUUGAAUCUGAACAAAGCAGUUAUUUUAAGGACACUUUUUACUCAUCAUGCAAAAAGAUUAAGGAAAUGCUAGAUGAUGCACCUAGUGCACCUACAUCAGCUCUUCCUGGAAUCUUUGACAAAAUAAAUAAGGAAAUUUUAAUGUUAAAAAAUUACUUGUCACAAUCAAAAAUGUUUUUAAAAGUUUAUGACAUUAGAAGAGCACAAGAAAAUUUACAAGUACUAGAAAAUGAAGCUUCUGAUCUAGAAUUGAAAUUAUUACCUAAGAAGAAAUUUGGUUUUAAAAACCGAAGAGUUGUGAAGAAAACCUCAGAAAAAGCACAUGAUGUGACGGAUGGUUUAAAAGAUUUGAAAAUAUCAGAAGGAAUUGUAAAUGGGUCUGCCAAACAAAAUCACAAGUUGUCAAGCAAAUAUGGAGAUAGUGCCUGUAUGCUACUGGGAAAAGUCGAUGAACAAUUAAUUUUAGAUGCUGAAAAUGUGAAUAAGAAUGAUGUUCUGCUUUCUGAUUUAACUCGAUGUACAGUACGAAUUUAUGGUACACCUAGUACUUUGCACAUGGUAAACUUAAAACAGUGUACCGUGUUAGUUGGACCAGUAACCUCAUCUGUAUUUGCCCAUGACUGCAAUGAAUGUGUAUUUGCUUUUGCAUGUCAACAACUUCGAUUACAUUCUUCAACAGAUUGUACUAUUUAUUUACAUGUUACAAGUAGAUCAAUCAUAGAAGAUUGUACAAACAUACGCUUUGCACCUUACAAUUGGUCUUAUGAAGAUCAAGCAAAUCACUUCAACUUAGCAGGUCUGGAUCCAAAAAUAAAUAAUUGGAAUUGUAUCGACGACUUUAAUUGGUUAUCUAAUGAAAAACAUUCACCAAAUUGGAGCAUACUAGAUCCUGAAUUACGUGUUAAAAGUUGGGAGUAAUAGAUAUGAAUAAAAUAAAUUAUGAAAUUAAAAAUUCAGUUUCCAAAACAUCAUUUUUUCAAUGUUCAAUACUUUUGUUAAAUUCUUUAUGUGCAUAUUCCGCUUUUUCAUAAAAAUUGUACUAUACAAGCGUUUUGUAUACCUACAAAAUGUUUAAUAAACUUGCUGUUUGUGAAUCA